AUGCAGCUCCGUGACUCGAGCCAGAUCCGUCGCCCGGGUCGGUAUUCGGAGGACUAUGACCUUGGCGACCCUGGCCGACCCAUCUUCGUCCACCCAGACGUGCCCUUCAACAAAGAGCUCGCGAAGCAUGUCGAGUUUAACUCGCUGCCCCCGAACCACCCUGGACCUGCUCCGUCGAGAAUGAGAUAUGAGGCCGCACAGAAGGGAACCCUAAAACCCGCGGCGCAGAUCUACCCAAGUGCAAAUGCGAUCACCCAGGGGUCGCAGGUGGCUAAGGUGGUUAGCCUGGCGCGGCCGGACCCCCGGGAGAGGAUCGUACCGAGCAUCGAGUAUGACGAGGACGAGAACGGGAAGCUGAAUAAGUCGCUUCGGAGACUGUGGCAGACAUCUGGUCCAGCUAAGAUGCCCAAGCAGCCCACCGUCGCGAGGAAAGCGCCAGAGUGGGCAGAUCUUUCCGACGGCACGAAGCUCGUGAUCAUGAGUGAUCUGACAAUCGUUCGCAAACUCACUUUCACUCAAGCAGCCAGAAGCAUCCUGGGCCUGACCCAGGACGCAGCGGAGGAGUUCCUGGAGCUGUACCGCCGCGAGUGGAGCAAACAGAACGCAUACGACUGCGAGAUAUUCGAGUUCAACAGGAAGCGCAUGCGCACUCUUUCUUCGGGCGCUCAGCCCAAAGGAUAUGUCAUCCCGUUGCCCGACUUGGUGACCAACACUAUGACGGCGAAGGAGCUGAAGAAGGGAAGGCUAUUUCUUGAUUGGAUCGGAGCAAAGAAGACCGCCGCAGGUCUGGGACGCUGGGAAGGCCAGGGAACUGACCUUGUUCCUAUCAACUUCGAGCCGCUCCCUUCGCCGGAAGUCGGUUGGGCACGCCCUGGCCCAGUCGAGCCCCCUAUUUGCCCCGUAUCAGGCUCCUCCUACUCCAACUCCAAAACGGCCAGUCGGUAG